AUGGCCAUGUCGAUUGCCAGCAUCAUCGACGACUUUGAGCGCGCUGCACUCCUGGAGCCGGAGCCGUCGGCCGAGCAGAUCGCCAACGGAAUCUUCGCAGACAUCGCGCACUGCGCAUCCAAGGGUGUCACAACACAAUCAGCACAGGACCUUUUCGACUUGUGCUUCGCCAGAUUUUCCCGGGGUCGACCGGGCAUCGAUUUUUCCCAGCAUGCCUUCUUGAAGCCCUCCAUGACAUACCUCUUGACGGCAAUUGAGCAGCUCGCGCGCCGCGCACUUUUUGAGGGACAACCCAGUCGCCCUGAGGAUAACAGAUUUGAUGUCAGCAACAAUGUCUUUGCUGAUCGCCUCGACAACUACAUUGCCGACUUUGAGUCUCACGGUCGCAAUGCGCAGCUCCUCAACUCUGGUCGUACCAACCAGGUGGAGCCCGUCGACUCGCCACGGACGGAGAGUGUGGCAGAGGAAGCUCCCAAGUCCACCGAGAGCGAGGAUGACGACGAGCCAUCCGAGGACGACAGCGGAUCGGACUCGGAUGAAGACACAAUCCGGACCUUACCGCAAUUCUCUCCACCGCCACCAGCACCCACACCGGCCACUCCACCGAAGUACCAUUUCGAGUACAUCAACUGGAAGGGGGAGACAUCGUCCUCUGAUUACAGCGAGAGGUAUCAGAUCGUUCGCAAGGCACGUGCUCCCGUUCGGAUGAGCCGGGAUGGGGUGACAGUCACGACGCUUGCUGCUCCCGCAACCCGACCAGCUCCGCAGAUGGGCAAGUUGGUUGCCAACACGGGUGAUCUGGAUCGCUCCUCCAAGUUCGCUGACACUAUGCCACGAACUACCAAGAUGAAGGGUGCUGCCACCGUUCUGGAACUGAGAAACUCCUUCGCUUGCUUGGAAGAGACUGUCGUGGAGAGCCCCGUCGACGAAGCCGAGAGCAUCUGCGCUGCCGAAGUCAAUGCUGCGCUGGAGGAGCUGUCAGUGGCGAGCGAUACCGUCCAGCAAGGCUCGGAAAGGGAGGAAGAAGUUUCCUUUGCGAGCAUCUCAGAUGACACUGCGGAGUCAGUGCCUGUGACGGAGCUAUGCGCGAGUCUUCCGUCAACUUCCGACCGAGAUGUCCCGGUCCAAACCUCUCCCGCGCGCAUCCCAUCCGCUGCGCAUCAAGUAAUGCCGAAUUUCGAUAUGGUCGAAGUCGCAGACGGAGAGAAGAAGCGCAAGGGUGAGCGAAAGUACCGCUCUUUUGCAAACCUCGGCAUCUCCUUCACCGUCUCCUUGAAGAAAACGACGACCAAGCCAACCAUCGUCGUACUAUUGGACGCUUCGAGCGAUGCUGCUGUGAGAGACCUCAGCCAACUCGACAUCGCUGGACAGUCUCCGACGGACACCCCAGGCGAAUCCGUCCUCAUUGUGAGACUUGGGUCACCCAUGAAGGAAGCCAAGACUGAGCUGCGAAUUGAGUCACUGGCUCACAUGAUGGAGACGGCAGCGGUUAUGAAGGUUUCCGCGAAGAAGAUGCCGGUGGUCAAUGGGCCGUCGAGCAAUGUUUCGGGGCAGUUCUGGAUGUGGGUGGUUCUCGUCUGCCUGCUGAUGGUCUCUGUCUACAUGACAUCCUCGAUUUUGUGA